UUUGAGCUGGGAUUGCAGCAAUGUACUGCAGGUGUUUUGUUUUUUUUUUAUGUCUUUAUACAAUCUCUUGUAUGAUGCUAUUUCAAUGCAGGAAUGAAACAGCUAUUCCAAUGACUAUUCUCAUUUUCUAAUUUAACCCCCCCUACUAAUUUCUGUUUACUUCCUAUAUUGGCAGAAUUUUGAGAAUUGAUACCAACCUGGUGAAUGUGAGAAUAUACAUUUCUUGUAUUUUUGUUGAAUAGAUUUAUAUUCAGCAUUGCUUUCUAGCCUUGUAGUUUGUUUCUGUUAGAAAUGCUUAAGUAAAUAGUGUUGGUUUUAUGACACAGGCGAUCCCUUCAUACAACACAUCACACACAUCCCUACGCACCCUUGCGUGCGUGCACUCGUUCUCACACAGUCCCUUGUGUCAGAAUAUCUGCAGAUGGUCAUGUGACAUCUGCAUGAAACGCGCCAGAGAUGGAGCCAAUGGAAAUUCUCCCUCCCCCGAUUCCCUUGACACAUUCCCUCUGGGGAUAUCUCUGUGCUCCUCCCCCUCUCUCCCCUCACUACUGUAUAUUGCCUCUGCUGGUUUCUUUACUUUGCCAUCUUUACUCUUUGCUAAAACCUAAUCUAAUUUUGUCAUCCUAUUUUCCUCUGCUUAUCUCCACCUGUCCUCUGCCAUUAUAUGUUGUGGUCCCUUAUACCUGCCUGUAUUGAAUCAUUCAGUUCCCAUAUGUAUCCAAUGAGGACAUAUCUUUACAGGGAGGUCGCUGUCACCCUUCGUAGACAUGAGGCUAAGACAGUUCUACCUACUUAAGGGGUACAGACUCUAAAACGCCAAAGCAGCAUGACUCAGAACGUAGGUACACGUGUUAAUGCUAUCUAAGGGAACGUAUCCUUGUACUGUUCUAUCUAGCAGAUGCUAGUUCCAGCAUAAACACGCCACUGCCGUCUGUGCGGUUUGUCAGUGUGUAUGCAAGCUAAUCGGGGAUUACGUCACUGCUGACUAGUUCUCGUUACAUCUGCAAAAAUGUUGUCCCAGCAAGUGUGUGCAUAAAUUAAUGUGUAAUUUCUGUGUUUACCAAUUCAGUGUAUGGUGCGUGGCUUGUGUUCUGUAUUCAAUGUGCUCUCCUAUUAUAUUUUCCGAUAUUUCUCUGCUCAAGCCAACCGCAUUAGACACAGCCAGUCUUUUCUGAUACCUGCUGCUACUGUGUUGCAAAAGGGGGCAUUGCCACCUCAGGUAGCAAGUCGUGCUCCUUCAGUUGUGUUCAUGACCGGUUCCACUGGGGGCAAAAGGGGCAUUGCCACCUCAGGUAUGCAAUUUGUGCCCCCUCAAUUAUGUUUCACCGUAUACAUAUCCAAUCGUAUUUGAGUUCGACCUAGUCCGAUUCGUCACAUCAUCCUAGACCAACGAGUUUCUGUCGCCUUUACAAGCGUCUAUAUGUAUUUGACAUACCCCCUCAUUUAUACAAAAUGCACCCUCACUCAUGUCAUCCUGGCGCUGGCCCUGCUGUGUUGUGUCCCCCUCAUCUUCUGGUCUCCUUGACCCAGUCUCCUCCCCUUUCCACUGCAUCGUCCAAUGACUCACGCACUCCCCCUCCCCCGUGUCACACGUGCCCCCCUCCCUCCCUGCGCCGCUCUCUCUUCUCAUUCGCUCACAUUCUCUCACUUUUCCUUGCAGGCUUCAGACAGACUACAGUAUGUCAAUAGUGAACAUUGUUGCCAGGGAGAUCCUGGACUCCAGGGGGAACCCUACAGUGGAAGUGGACCUGCACACUGAGAAAGGCUUGUUUAGGGCAGCUGUGCCUAGCGGAGCGUCUACUGGCAUCUAUGAAGCCCUGGAGCUGAGAGAUGGAGACAAGAGUCGCUAUAAGGGCAAAGGCGUGCUCAAAGCUGUUGGCCACAUCAAUGACACCAUUGGCCCUGCUCUCAUCCAGUCGGGGGUUAAUGUGGUGGAACAGGAGAAACUGGACAAGAUGAUGACAGAUAUGGACGGCACUGAGAACAAGUCUCAGUUUGGGGCCAAUGCUAUUCUGGGUGUGUCCUUGGCCAUAUGCAAAGCUGGUGCCACAGAGAAAGGUGUCCCUCUGUAUCGUCACAUUGCUGACCUGGCAGGCAACACUGAGCUAGUGCUUCCAGUUCCUGCUUUUAAUGUAAUCAACGGGGGCUCCCAUGCGGGUAACAAGCUGGCCAUGCAGGAGUUCAUGGUACUUCCUGUUGGUGCCGAGUCUUUCAGGGAUGCUGUGCGUGUGGGGGCGGAGCUGUAUCAGACGCUGAGAGAAGUGAUUAAGGAGAAGUACGGCCAGGACGCAACCAAUGUGGGGGACGAGGGGGGGUUUGCCCCAAACAUACUGGAGAACACCGAAGCACUGGAGCUGAUAAAAACAGCAAUAGAGAAGGCAGGCUUCACAGACAAAGUGGUGAUUGGGAUGGAUGUGGCAGCAUCUGAGUUCUACAAAGAGGGAAAGUACGACCUGGACUUCAAGUCUCCACCCAGCGUCAACCGCCACAUCAGCGCCCAGGAGCUUUGCGACAUGUAUCAGGGCUUCGUCAACAACUACCCCGUGGUGUCCAUUGAGGACCCAUUUGACCAGGAUGACUGGCCGGCCUGGUCCCAGAUGACAGCCGCCAUGGGCAUCCAGGUGGUGGGGGACGAUCUAACUGUCACCAACCCCAAGAGGAUAGAGCGCGCCCUAGAGGAGAGGGCCUGCAACUGCCUCCUGCUCAAAGUCAACCAGAUCGGCUCCGUCACAGAAUCCAUUCAGGCGUGUAAGUUGGCUCAGGAGAAUGGCUGGGGGGUGAUGGUCAGUCACCGGUCAGGAGAGACAGAGGAUACCUUCAUCGCUGAUCUGGUGGUGGGCCUCUGCACUGGACAGAUCAAGACUGGAGCUCCCUGUCGAUCAGAGCGUCUGGCCAAAUACAAUCAACUCAUGAGGAUCGAAGAGGAGUUAGGGGAUCAGGCUCGCUUUGCAGGGCACAACUUCCGAAACCCUGCAGCCCUCUGAAGCUACUCUUGGCUGAUGGCCACUGACACAGUCACAGUCACAUCACAGUCACAAUCACAUCACAGUCACAUCACAUCACUGCAGGACACUGACAAACAGAUGGACAAACAAAGACAGACGCAGAAAAAUGGACUCAGAGAGAUAUAAUACAAUCAAUCAUACAGACAGAAAGAUGGUCUAAAGUAUGAGAGAGACAGACUGUCUGAAUAAGACAAACUUACAAAGAUACAGAGAGCAUGAUCCACCCCUACUCUCUUAUGGAGUAAAGCACAGACAGACAGACAGAUCCUUCUAAAUCACUUAAACGCACUAAUGUAUUGGAGGCUAUAGCUUUGGUGUUAAAAUGAAAGACUAGCACACCAUGCUGCCAGACUGAUUGCUUUAAACAACUCUUUAACUUAGUGUGGUGCACGAAACAGUGUUUCUUUUUCUCAGCGCAUACAUGCACAUUCCUCUACCCCUUCCCUCAUUUAUUUCCGUCCCUCUGUUCCCCUCCCCUUUACCUCGAAGAGUUUGUCAUUUUCCUAAAUAGUCCAACCCUUCCCCCUUUCCCCCCACCUGUACUACCACUUACAUCCGAAAGCCUGUAACAGCAUUAUGUCUGUUACCAAUUA